GCCACGAAGCCAGCCAUGGAGAAGGAGGCGCCCGUCGCCGCCGGCGGCGGCGGGGUCGUCUGGUCCCGGCAAGCUGAGGUCGCGCCGCCCCGCGCGACCGCUGCUUCCGGCGGCGCCACCGAGCUCUGCUCCCCUAAAGGGGAUAAUAUCGAUCAGGUGGCUGGAGGUUCGUGUUUUGAGGACACCGGCGCUGUUGCGGCAGAGACGCCGAGGAUGAGUUUGUCUGGUUCCGAGCGCCCGGCGGUGAGUGGAGAGGCGCCGGAAGAUGUCGGUGGCCUUGACGCGGAUGAUGCCGCUGUUUUGUGUUCUGAAGAUGGCGCUGAGCUCAAAUUGGCUGACCAGGGUGCCCUGGAUGUGAGAUUAGGGGCUCCGGCGGUCGGAGUCCAUGAGCAGCAGUUGCAUCUUGGUACUUCAGGUUCCGAUGAAGCUGGUGCAAUCAAUGAGAUUUCACCAGUUGAGGUGUCACCGUCAGUGCUCAGUUCAAAUUUGGAUACUUGUGGGGAUAUUGGUGGCUCCUCUCUCAUGGAGCGGUCCCUGCUAGAGGCCCGCGGUACCCGAGGAUGUGAACAAGAUGUCAUGCCCGGUGUUGCAGAGGCAUCUAAUUGGAAUGUAAGUUCUGAGGUCGGUGUUGAGAUGGAACGUGGCUUGGAUGAUCGAAAUGGCCUUGCCGAAGGGGAAUUGGUGUCGAGUGUUGAUGGAGGGGGCGCCGAGAAGAUCUCAAAGAUGACUGGUGUCUUGUCUGAAGAAGGUGUGGACCGGACGGAAACAGCUCUCGAGCCGUGUGUGGCAUCAGUUGGCUCUGUUAUGCGGGUUAAGGAAGGUGUGGACAGGAUGGAGACGAAUUUGGAUGACUCUGAGGCUUCAGACAGCUCAACCGCGCAGGAUUCUGACACUGACGUGGAGACCGAGUCGAGCAGUUCAAGUAUAGAAGAACAAGACACGGGAUAUGGAGUGCAUAACCCACACAAGGAACAAUCAAUCUGUGAAGUAGCCAGGGGAAACAAGAGUUUAGAGGUGAAGAGGUCUGACAGGAUGUCUUCAGUAGGCCUACCAACACUUAUAGUGUCUUCAGGUGCAGCAAUGUUACCUCACCCUUCUAAGGUGCUGACAGGUGGUGAAGAUGCUUAUUUUAUAGCUUGUAAUGGUUGGUUUGGUGUGGCAGAUGGAGUUGGCCAAUGGUCAUUUGAAGGAAUCAAUGCAGGGCUAUAUGCCAGAGAACUAAUGGAUGGUUGUAAGAAAGUUGUUAUGGAGAGUCAAGGUGCUCCAGGGAUGAGACCUGAGGAUGUUCUUGCUAAGGCUGCAGAUGAAGCACGAUCUCCUGGCUCUUCCACUGUUUUGGUUGCUCAUUUUGAUGGUCAGGUCCUUCAUGCAUGUAACAUAGGAGAUUCUGGAUUCUUGGUGAUAAGAAACGGAGAAAUAUAUAAAAAAUCAAAGCCAAUGACUUAUGGCUUCAAUUUUCCCUUGCAAAUUGAGAAGGGUGAUGAUCCUUUCAAACUUGUACAGAAAUACACAAUCGAUCUACAAGAAGGAGAUGCCAUUGUAACAGCAACAGAUGGCCUUUUUGACAAUGUCUAUGAGGAAGAAAUAGCAGCCGUCAUCUCCAAAUCAUUGGAAGCCAGCCUCAAGCCUGCGGAGAUUGCGGAGUUCCUGGUUGCUAGGGCAAAGGAAGUGGGCAGAUCGGCAACCUGUAGAAGCCCCUUCUCUGACGCGGCUCUUGCAGUUGGGUAUCUGGGUUACUCUGGGGGCAAGCUGGAUGAUGUAACAGUUGUUGUAUCCGUUGUUCGGAAAUCUGAAGUUUAACCUAUUAAGCCUUUUUUGUGUGUGUGCUUAAGUGAAUGCAGCUCCUAUAUUUUGCCAGAGCUGCUUUUGCUGGCGAAUGUCCAUGAGCAAGCUACAUGCUUCAAGAGCCCACAGCCUCUCGUGUACAUACGAUAAGUUGAUGUAAAUUCCUCAUAGGCCAUGGCCGCUGUAGCUAGCAAGUUG